AUGGAGCCCCGGCAGGCAGGCGCCGCCGCAGAUGGGCCACCAGGCACCGGGCUUGCCAUCGGGUCCCUGGAUUUCUGCUUCAACCUUUCUGGACUGCCAUGGAUAUCGGCUAACAACACCGAGGCCGGCGAGCGCGCGCGCGCUCCCACUCGCAGCACGCAGGAGUGGCCCCCGGCAUCCUCACCCUUUCCCCACCCCCACGCCACCCGCUCACCAGCUCGGCCACUGCUCGCGCCGGCUCGGCCGCCGCCACCGCCACUAACGCCGCCGCCAACGCCACCACAGCUUCCUCCGCUGCGGGGCCACAGCCUUGAGUGUCAUUCAAGGGACAGCACAACCUCACCCAAGCUCUCCUACCUCUGCCCAGCCGUCCCUCUCAUCCUCCCCCUUCCUCCGCCACACUCCAUCCAAAGAAGAGGGAAAGCGCGGAGCAGAGGGGAGACGGGCAAAGUCUGCCACCCUCGUCCCUUGGCCCCCUGGCUCCUCCAUCCCGAUUUUGACUCCCAACCCCUCUUCUCCAAAGGACCCUCAGGAACUGAGGCGACUCACCCUACUGCCAUGUCCAAAAGCUUGAAAAAGAAAAGCCACUGGACUAGCAAAGUCCACGAGAGUGUCAUUGGCAGGAACCCGGAGGGCCAGCUGGGCUUUGAACUGAAGGGGGGCGCCGAAAACGGACAGUUCCCCUACCUGGGGGAGGUGAAGCCGGGCAAGGUGGCCUAUGAAAGCGGCAGCAAGUUGGUAUCCGAGGAGCUGCUGCUGGAGGUGAACGAGACCCCCGUGGCGGGGCUCACCAUCAGGGACGUUCUAGCCGUGAUCAAACACUGCAAGGACCCCCUCCGGCUCAAGUGUGUCAAGCAAGUGGUUUCACUGAUCUCUGCUUCAAAUACACUGAAGACUUGAAAAUUCAUGUCAUCUCAACGUGUUUUUCUGACUCCUUCAUCUGUUUAAUUCUGUCAGCCAGGCCUUGGCAAUAUUUCUUGUACUUGCCGUGUGUGUGUCUUCUUUGCAUUUUAAUGCUCCCGGUUCCCCUGCAUCUCUGUCUACAUGAACCAUCACUUCUCAUCUGUUUUCCUUCCCAGGCUUCCCCUUGCUGCUCCCAUCCAGCUGACUACAAAAUUUACACCAAGCCCAAUGUUCUUCAGCUGCUCUCAAGUUUAUCCUUUCCCAGAUAGCCACUAAUUGCUUACACUGACAGCCAGAACGUUCCAGACAAAACCAGCUCCAUAUCAUGUGUGUGUUUACUGUCUCUUCUGCACAUACACACUGCAUCUUAGCUGAGGGAAUAAAGAUGUAUUCUGAAUAAUAUCA